AUGAGCGUCCGCCGACCCAACCCGAAGCAGAUGCGCGGGCCGGCGCCGUACGACGCCUUGCCUCCGCCCAACCUCAAGCUCAUGAACAACAGCGAGCGGGGCAAGUACUACCGACGACGACGCAAACUCUAUGGCGCCGAUCUCGAGCGCCGCGUGGCCGAGCUGCGCGAAGAGAUCGCGGCCCUCACGGUCUCUCGCCAGGUGCAGCAGGAGCUGGCGCUCUCGCAGCGCCGCACGCCGCUGGGCGCUGCAGCGCAAGUCGUGAGCGAGUACUGCUCGCUGUUCAGCCGCGGCGCGCCCGUGCGACUCGCCGUGGACGAGCAGGACGCGUCCGCGUCGCUCGUGGCGCAGUCCACCAACGCGCAGAGAGGCUUCCUCAACGCCGUCAUGAACGACAACGUGCGCUUCGGCGAGUUCCUGGGCGUGGAGCUGCUGCUGGACCAGUGGGAGCGCUACUCGCUGUAUCACGCCGCCAUCGAGUGGACCAUGACGUCGCUCAGCAUAGUGCAGCUGGCCGAGCCCCGCAUUGCGAGCGAGGGCAACCAGCACGAGGAGGGGCCGCUCGUGGUGUCCAUCACGGCCGACCUGCGCGUGCGCUUCUCGCGCCGCACCAUUGAGGAGGUGUUCCCGCACCUGGUGGGGGACGAGGCUCUGACGCAGUCGCUCAUCGGCCUCGAGGUCACGUACCCGUGCGUGAACCACUUCCACUUCAACGAGCGCGGCAAGAUCGAGUGGUACGCGCCCGAGGUGGACUUCGUAGGCGCGCUGAUGAGGGCGCUCAAGAUUCCGGCGCUAGUGGCGCGCGUCAUGGGCCUCGCGCUGAUCGCCAAGGACCACAUGAUCGGCGACGAGAGCGACGGCCGCCAGCUUGCCGUGACACCAGACCACGACCACGAUAGGCCAAGGAGCAAGCGAGCACGAGAAGAGGGUGGCGUCGCAGUGGUGAGCGACGAGCCCUCGCCGGAGUCCUCGCCGAACCGACCGAAUCGGCUGGCGCUGGACUACAUCCUUGGACGACUGAGCGUUGAUUGCCAAUAG